UCCUUCUCCUCCUCCUGCUCUGCUCCACGCUGCUUCUGGGCUGCCUGCUCCACCUGUGCGCUGCUUCUCCCCUUAAGCAGAGCAGCCUUGCCUUGCCUGCCUCUUUCCUCCCUCCCUUCCAGCCAGGUCUUGCAAGAGAAGGCGAAGAAGGGAUGCUGAGGCUGCCGGUCCUGGGGCUGCUGCUGCUGCUGCUGAGGGGUCCCUGGGGGGCCCUGGGCAUCUCUCCGGAGAUGGAGGAGGAGCAGGAGGGCCCUUGGCGGCCCCAGCAGCACGGCCCCCUCCUUCCCGCCGCAGAAGAAAAGCCUCCAACAGCUCAAAAACUGCAAGUGAAAUUCAAUGUCCGCGUAUCUACAAACCCAGAAGACAAAGGCUGCUACCUCACUAUUGGCGAAGACCAGCAUCUAGAAGACUGCAAGUUCAAUGCUUCUGCUAAAAGUUUUUUCAUUAUUCAUGGAUGGACGAUGAGUGGCAUGUUCGAAAGAUGGCUGGGCAGCCUGGUGUCCGCUCUGCAGGAGAGAGAGAAGGAGGCCAAUGUGGUGGUGGUGGAUUGGCUUCCUCUUGCCCACCAGCUCUAUACCAAUGCUGUCAACAACACCAGGGUGGUUGGAAAAGAGGUUGCAAAGCUGCUUGACUGGUUAGAGAAGAAAGAGGGCUUUCAGCUCCAGAAUGUCCACUUGAUUGGCUACAGCCUUGGAGCCCAUGCAGCUGGAUUCACUGGCAACUACGCCCGUGGGACAGUAGGCAGAAUCACAGGCUUGGAUCCAGCUGGCCCAAUGUUUGAAGGAGCCGAACCCAAUCGACGCUUAUCUCCUGACGAUGCAGACUUUGUAGAUGUUUUGCACACAUACACGAAGGAAACACUGGGCAUCAGCAUUGGAAUCCAAAUGCCUGUGGGUCACAUUGACAUCUACCCCAAUGGAGGUGACACCCAGCCAGGAUGUGGUCUUGGUGAUGUCUUGGGAGCACUUGCCUAUGGCAAUGGAGAAUGCUCAAUUGUUGGUGCACUGCCUUAUAGCAUAGUCGCCUUUCCUCCACCCAUCAAUCUAGAUAUCGGUGACGUUGUGAGGUGUGAGCACGAAAGGUCGGUGCACCUCUUUGUUGAUUCCCUCGUGAACACAGAGAAGCAGAGCUUUGCCUUCCAAUGCACGGACUCAGAUCGUUUCAAGAAGGGUAUCUGCUUGAGCUGCAGGAAAAAUCGCUGCAACAGCAUUGGCUACAAUGCCAAGAAAAUGAGAAAUAAAAGGAACAGCAAGAUGUACUUGAAAACACGGGCUGGUAUGCCUUUCAAAGUUUUCCACUACCAGAUGAAAAUACAUGUCUUCAGCUACAAAAACAUGGGAGAAACCAACCCAACUUUCUCUGUCACGCUUCAUGGCAUCAAUGGUGAUUCCCAGCCACUGCCUCUGGAAGUGUAUGAGAAUAUUGGCCUGAACUACACAAACACCUUUCUUGUUUAUACAGAAGAAGAUGUUGGUGAUAUUCUGAAGAUCAGACUCACCUGGGAGGGAUCCAGUCAAACUUGGUACAGCCUAUGGAGUGAGCUGAAAAAUUAUUGGUCACAGCCAGGAAAUGCGUUGAAGGAGCUGCAGAUCAGACGUAUCCGUGUGAAGUCUGGUGAAACUCAAAAGAAACUAACUUUUUGUGCAGAAGACCCCCAAUUGACCAACAUAUCUCCUGGCCAAGAGCUUUGGUUUGUGAAAUGUCGAGAUGGAUGGCCAAAAAGGAACAAAACUCUAUCGGUGUCAGAUUCACACUGAAACUUCUUUUUUGGAUGACUUUCUAUAUUCAUCUGGGACCCUAACCAGCCAAAUCAACUGAACAAGGCUACCACAGAAGAAAAAAACCUGCACUGAAACAAGAUGUUGCUGCAAACUCUUCUUUAAAAACAAAACAACAAUAACAAACUUCAUGCUAGGACUUGCAAACAGUUUUCUGUCUAAAGAGGGACACCUUGGUUAAAUCAGGCACUGUGACAACAUGAACAAUUUAUCUGAGAUUGUCAUUGUAUUUAUGGCCUCAGUGGCUACCUUUAGAAUAACUUAUUAUUUUUUAAAAAGAAAGCAAUACCUGCAACCUGCUACUAAGUUGGCCCUCCUUUUGAAGAGCCUGUCUUGUAGCUCUAAGCCUACUUUGUACCAAGCCUUAUCUCUAGAUGUUACUUAGCACCUCCUCAUAAAAACACAUUGCACAAUGUUACAAUAAAGUGAUUUACUGAAGACUGGUCUGAACAUUCAGAUCAGUACAUGUGGUGCAGGGCCUUUGGGACUGUAUCUUCUUGUGCUGCAGGUAUAUAUUAUGGUCAAAAUCCUAUGGGUUACUCCAGUGUAAAGUCUUCUAAAGACAUUGUGAAAGGAGGUAUUCUGUACCUGCUUGCACAGUGCCUUUGCACAGGGUGCAGAAGAGCAGCUGAAGUCUGAGGCACAGCAACUCCUUCCUAACUGUGAAUGGCCAUGGAGUGUGUCUAGGAGUUGUUCUUGGGCACUAGGGAACAAGAAAGCACCUUCUGCCCUUGUCUGGAGGGGUGAUGGUUGCUACUUUUCCACACCCAGGGGAUGAGAGGGAGCACUGAACUCAGCCAACCACUGCCUCCUUUUCCUAAUCAAAGCCUGCCGAUAUAUUAAAUUAUAUUGUCUUUAAGAACUGUAACAUAAGCAGCAAGGAAAGUAGGUCAGUUUUGACAUGUAGGGAGAGAAAUACCUAUGGGUGGAGGAGGAAGCAUUCAAACACCAUCAUCCCCUCCUCACAUGUAAUGUGAAACGGUACAGCCCAUAGUUGAAGUCUGUCUUGGUCCCACAAAAUGGGGAAUGUGCCUUAGCUGUGACUGGUGUGAUGCCACACAUAUUUAUACAAAUGGCCGUGAAUUGUUACGAAGUUUAAUGUGUAUAUAAUGGGUUUUGUAAUACAUGAUCCUCCCCUAUUUAUUAUUUUUUUGCGUAUCUUUGUGUUUGUAUAUACGUGUAAAGAGUCAAACAUUUUUUUGAGUCUAACAAGUUUUUUAUAAGCUUGAAGCAGAAAAAAUAAACUAAGUGACUUCUUUAAAAAAA